AUGCAUCGCUUCAGAGCGAAGCUGCACAUGGUUGGUCGAUACCGUAUGCAAGGGUGGCGGUGCAAGAUUGACGGUGAUACUACAGGUAGCCAGGACAAGGACGUUCAGCCAGCUUCACGCAAGGUGGGACGAGACGCGAUCACCACACAGAGGGCACUGUUGAGUGCGUCGGGGAACGAGAAGCAGAAGGGUCGUGCAAGUACCGCCGCAGGCAGCGGGAAAGGUAAAGCGGCCGCCACAGGCGCCUCUGGUGGCACAAAGCGCAAGGCGCCUGCCGACUCGGAGGACGGCUCAACUACAACACCUGUUUCUAAGCCCCGCGCGCAGGCAACACGUCCGGCGAAGAAAGCGAAGACGAAGGCCCCUGCUGGUAUACAAUCUGGCUGGACGCCGCCCACUGGCUCAAGGCCAGCAGCCUCAGCUACUCCUAAGAAGGCGAUUGCACGCGAGUGGUCAAAGAUGCAACCACCACAGGACUCCGAGUCGACAAUGUCCAAUCAAGCUCACGAAGGCAACCCGGGUCUGCCGGGGGAGGUCAGGAGGGGAGGAUUUGCGAGCGAUGAUGAUGACGAGGCCGCAGCUCCAGAGCCGGGCGAUGUGCGCACCACGGCCAUGGGUAUCGUCUCGAUCACUCAUGCACCCUCAAAGGACAGUGUUGCCAAAGGCCGUAAACGGGAGAAGUCUAUCCGAUACAAGAAUGAAGACCUUCCGUCGGGUUGUCUUGCUCGCUGGCGGAACACGUACGUUCCAACAAUGUACGACAUGUAUGCCACUGGCAGCGAUCCUUGGGCCAACAACGCGAAUGACUCGAUGAUCGGCAAUCUCAACCACAUCUGGAAGCGGGUGUACGGAGACCCUCCAGCAUCAGCGGAAGAUAUUGCGGGUCCUAUUCUUGGAGUAAUGAUCCAACGUCUCGCUGAAUGGCGGAACAAGUUCGCUUCAACAGCCACAGAGGUCGUCCAGCAGUUCUUCGAUGAUGCUGGCGAGCAAUACGCAUCACCAGAGUCACGCGCCGACUACGUGAAGUAUGCCCUUGGGCCAAAGAAACCCUUCAUAUGGCAAACAACCACUCCGAAGCGGAGAGGUGCAUUCCAGUCUCAGUUCGUGCUCGAGACAUUCGCAUCUCAUCUCACCGAAACACACGGAACCAUGGACAAGUAUUACAUGAUGUAUGAGCCGCAAGGAGCACUUGCGCUCGCUUGUGUUGCGCUUGAGCGCGCGUUCACGCUCUUUGAGUCGGGUGUACGCUAUCAGCCAGAUCGUCAAGAUCCCACCUGGCACUUCAAGACUGACAAAUGGAAUGACGCUACCGAAUCGUACCUACUAAGCAUCGCGCAGCUGAAGUUAGAAGAUUGGGACGCAAUCGUGGUCGGUGCAGAACCUUAUGCGAAGAAGGGCAAAGCACGACGUCGCAAAGUGUCAGCGAGCUCCGACUGUGACAUGGGCCCAGAGGACGACCGUGCCAGGCUACUCGACAGCUCCGACUCGGAGUCCGAGUCCGAUAAGGGCACUGGCGUCAGACAAUCAUCGCUGGCUGAUGAUUUGGGCGAGCUUGACGCAAAUCAUCCAGGUGGUUCAGAUGACGAACAACUUGAUGGAACGGCGGGGAACUUCGGCACCUCCGAUCCGUUGGAGGUCGAUGGCGUAGACGACUCGGACGGGGAGCCAGACACUGGUGGCUCGCCGCAGGCUCUAAACAGCGACGACGCCAACAAGGAUGAGUAUGAUGAUGAUGGCGGCGACUGAACGUCCUAUCAGGAGUCAUUUACAGCUUCUCGUUCUUCAAUGACCCAUCGAUGUACUCUCUGUGUAUGUCUACGUUUGUUCGCUCGGCGCCAUACUGUACAUUCAUUACACAUGCCCACUGCUCGGGGCUAAUCAACGUACUGUACAUGACUCUCAUACCAUCACCGUUUCGGUCCUAAUCCACGUACUGUACAUUCGUUACACCGCUAUGUGCGUAAUGCGGCCAGAUUUGGUUUCCGCGCGGUCUAUAUCACGCUCAUUUAUGUCAAACAAUGCUACUUGAUGAGUGCUUGCAUA